AUGUCAACGAUGCUCAGGUACGUGCGGCAAUUAAGAAAAUUACAUCAUGUCGGGUGGAGAGUCACAUUAAAUCAACCCAAAUUAGACGGUGCCGGCAUAAAAAAUGUCGGAAAUCAGCUGACAAAUUUAUCUAGGAGUUAUGCAACGAACCUUGCGGUGCGACAAAAGCCGCUUCCAACAGCGACAUUCCAAAACAUGGAGAGUCAGCUGAAGCGAACUGGCCGAGUCUUUGCCGUAGAAAUAGAACACUGGCUUGAAGAAACUCAAUCUCAGAAAAAUAUGUCUAGUUUAAACGCUUUGUUAUUAAUCCGAAGCUGCGGAAAAUCCUUAAUUGACGCAGACUCCAAAAGAAGUAUCCAGCUCGUUCAAAAAGUCUUCAAGACUUUGGAAAGCUUGAAAAUAAAAAUGGACGUCUCUCACUAUAACGCUCUUUUAAAUGUUUACUUAGAAAAAGACUAUGAUUUCGCUCCAGAUAAAUUUUUAUCAAUGAUGAAGGAGAAAAAUAUCGAACCUAACCGGAUUACUUUCCAGAGAUUGAUUGCUGGGUACUGUAACAAGGGAGACAUCGCUGGAGCGACAAAAAUGUUGGCAGAAAUGAAGAGCAGAGACAUGCCUUUGAGCGAAGACAUCUUCAUCUCGCUGAUCGUCGGCCACAGCCAAUCCGGAGACAUGGAGAGCGCUCUGAAAACCCUCGAGUCAAUGAAAGCAGCGGGGAUCCAUCCCUCAGCAGACAUCUACGCGACUUUGAUGUGCGCGCACGCUAAAAAAGGCAACAUGGACGGCAUCAGGAGUACUUUUGAGCUGAUGAAAAAGGAAGAAAUUUCUCUCCUAGACAAUCAUUACCUAGAAAUCAUCAACGUGCUAGCUUCCAAUGGGUUUGUCACUGAAGCAGAAGAAUUUUUCACCCAGUUGCCGAGUAUAAUUCGCUCUGAUACGGACAUCUGCAGGACUUUGAUCAAGCUUGCUUUUGAAGGACACUUGGAGCUUGCAUUAAAGUUGUUGAACUGCACAGCUGAGGAUCCUACUAGGGAGUUAUACAGAUCUUCUCUCAUCGCAAAAGCUUUGGUGCUCAACGGAGGCAAGGUUGAAGACGUGAUCCACAUCUGCAAUUUCGCCAAAAUCGAGCUUAAGAGCGACAGAAAUUUCGCUGUGAUCGUUCAUGAUUGCUUGCAAGAGGGCGUAGACUCAAGGACGACCUUAAAAAUAAUGCAGGCUUGGUUAAAAACUGGUGGUAAGAUCCACGAGCACUUCUUCUGGCCUUUGAUGGUCUCCCACGGCAAAGCGGGGAAUCCCAAAGGCGUUGCGGAGAUUCUGAAGACUAUGAAGGAAGACUUUAAUAUUUCUCCGUCGAUAGAGACCAUCAGAGACUACGCAAUUCCUUUUAUGUACGGAAACUUGGACGACACCAUCGAGCUAUUGACUCCUCUGGGCAUCUCCAAGAACGACAUCUUGCUGGUGACUAUCGAGAGGCAGAUGAUUGAGAGGAAAUUACUGUCAGCUGCCGCUACUAUGGCCAACUACCCGGCUCCGUACUCUAAAGAUGUUCUGCUGAAUCGUCUAGCCUUGGCUUCUUGGGAGAACUCGCCCAAGCAGUUUAUAACGAACCUCAGGUACUUGUCUGAUAAUUCUGAAGCUGCUAAUCCUGACCAGGUUCCUACUUCGCUUGUUGAUGAAGCUGUCAGGAAAGUUAUAUCCGUGGUUUCAAGCAGCCAGCCCAUGGCUGUAAUUAAUUUAAUCAAUGAACUAGUCGCUUCAGGGCUGAGUAUUUCUAAGGAGACUGGGGAUGAACUCAGGAAUUAUUUGGGAUCUAAAGUUACUCCGGAGCUGAAUGAGAGCAUCAAUAAAUUGACCUCAGGUGACUUGACCAUCGUUCCUAUUUCGGAGUAUCAUCCUCUGCCCGACAAGCCGUUGAAUUCGGCUCUUAAUAGACAUGUUCGUGGUCUAGGAAGGAAGUUUAACGAGUUAAUAGAGCAGCAUGAUGUUAAAGCUAUUGAGGAUUUUUUGCAGAAAAUGGAAACUUUUGGACAAAUGACUCCCUGGGCGCUGGCUCAAGCGAUUGGUGUUUUUUCGGAGAAAGAUUCCUUGGAGCUUGCUAAAGAUUGUGUAAGAAAAUUCAAAGCUGCUUUCCCAGAAGCGUCUUUAGACGCUAAAAAGGCGAUUAAGUUUGCUGAUUUAUUGGUGAAGAAUGGACAGUUUGAGGAAGCUGUUAAGUUCAUUGCGGAGCAACCGGAACUGCCGAGUAAUAAUGAGUUGAAUAAAUAUGACUUGAAUCUUAGACUCUUGCUGGAGAAAGUUGCUGGUAGCCAGAGUAUUGAGCAAGCUUUUAACUUCUUUGAGCUUCUGAGGCAGAAAAAUUACGUCGAGGCGGAUAAUUUUACUUUGGGACCCUUGGUCAAGGCUCAUGCACUUGCCAAUGACCUCCCGAAGGCUAUGGAAGCUUUUGAACGAGCCUGUGCUCAGUACAACUGUGCGCCGUAUAAGAAUAAGUUAGCUACUUUGUUAAUUGAAGCGGAAGAUGCUAGUAAUUUACAGAAGCUCACGGAUAUGACUACCCAAAUUCAUGGAGAGAGCAGCGCUCUGGUGGAUCUGGCUUUCGCGUUCAUGGAGUGCGGGAAGAUGCGACAGGCGAGGAAAAUUUUUGAGACUCCUGGGUUGCAGGUGCAGAGUCAGAAGAUAGCUACUGCGAUUGAGCAUUUGAGAAAGUUUCAUCCUGAACAUUUGAUUCAGUUGGUUAAUAUUACUAAGAGUGUUGCGAGGAUGGAUCGAGGGUUUAUGUAUAGUAAAUUGUUGGAUGUGUUUAUUGAGGAUAACAAUUGGGAGCAAGGUCUCGCGUUGUGGACUGAGAUGCAGGAUGAUUUUAUACAGCCGACUAAUAAUUUUUUGAAGAAACUCAGUGAUCUGCUUGUGAAGAAUAAUCAGAAGGUUCCUUUUGUAUUUGACCCGGAGGUGAGUCAGGAGACUAGGACCCCUUUGGCCAAAGAUGUACUGAUUUUGACGAGGAAACUCACCCCGACUCUUCUCACCAAAUACGGAUAUGUCAAGUCUAACACUUUCACAAACUUGGCGAUGAAGUUGGUCGAGAAAAAACAAUUUGACGCGAUUGAAGAGCUGGGCAAUUUGUUGUCUGUAAGGACUAAGGAUGCUAUUAAUUUUGGAAAAAUUGUUUGUAUUGCGAGGAUCAAGGACAAAGGCUUAAGACAUUUUGUUGAGACUUAUGACAUGGAAGCAGUUCAGUCAGACAAUCUUAAAGAUGUACAGAAAAAUCUUCACUUUGGAGCUAUGACCGAGGGACUAUUGAAAGAUGAUAGUUGCUUGGAGGUCUUUGAGAGCUGGGUGAAUAAAUUGGCUGAUAAGGGACUUUCGAGAGGAAAACACGCCAUGUGGUGUUAUUACUUUAUCAAGAGGGAUCCCAAGGCAGAGGAUCUAUGGAAAACUGAGAUUCAGCAGAGUCCCUCGCCUCUUACGAGACCUAUUACUGAGUAUGCUUUGCAGAAUAAAGAUAGUCAGUUGAUGGAGACGCUCAAGAAGAAAUUUGAGAGCCAUCCGGGGUUGGCUAACAAUGCUUCUGCUAGGAUUUAUAGUGAUUUAAUGGAGUUAUAUAAUUCACUUGAACGAUUUGAAGACUCACUGAAAGUUUUCAGUGAAGUAAAAAGCCGAUUCCGGGAUAAUGUUGUACGGAAUGUGAUGAUAUUGGAUCUAAAAGAAGGACUUGAAAAAAUAGGAAAACGUUUUCCUUAUAAAAUUGAAUACGCAGAUUGGAAAAAAGAAAGCAAUGGAAAAGGAUCCCACCAAAUCGAAAAUAUAAAUUUAGAAAGAGAAAAUUAUUCUAAUUAG